GGUUGUUGUGGUUAAUGUAAUUGUUGUUGUGGUUGUUGUAAUUGUUGUUGUGGUCGUUGUCGUUCAGGUUUUCCAGGCCUCAGCCGGGCGAACUCCACCCUCAGCACCGGCGACUUCUCACUCAGAGGCAGCAGAGGAGUGGCCACGGGGUUGAGAACGGUGGUGGUGGUGGUGGUGGCUUGGACCGUCAGCGCCACGGGCAACUCCGGGAAGGCUCUGGCGUCCGCAAGGACCCCUACGCCAACCUCAUGACCCAGCGCGAGAAGGACUGGGUCAUCAAGAUCCAGAUGAUGCAGCUCAACAACACCGGUGGUGGUGGCGGUGGUGGCGGUGGUGGCGGGCUGAUGGAGAGGCUGGGAAACUACCACGACUUCUACUACCAGGCGUACUUUGAGAAGCUGGAGCGCCGUCUGUGGGCUCGCAGCGUCGACUCUGAGCACGAUCAUCGCGAGCCGCUGAGGCUCAACACGCCACAGCUGGCCCGGGUGGAGCACACCUACACGCCUGUACAGUUUGAGGGCUCUCUGGGCAAGUUGACCGUCUCCAGCGUGAACAACCCUCGGCGCAUGAUCGACGCAGUCGCCACGGCAACACGCCCUAGCGAUGAUGAGGAUCUCAAGGAGAAGCAGGGGAGAGACAAGAGGAGACACGUGCUGCACACGAUAGAGAACGCCUACUCGCUGCUCCUCUCCAUCGAGGACGUGGACCGCGUGAUUGCGAAGCUGGCCGGCGGUUGCCGUGGCGACGGUGGCCCUGGCGACGGUAACCGUGACGACCGCACCGUCGCCAUGGAGACGCGGCAGGCCAAGCUGCAGGCGCUGAUGGAGCUCCUGCAGGUCCACGCGGCCGCGGCGACGGACGCCGGGGACGAGAGGUGA